GGACUCUCCAUGGCUUCGCCCCCUCCCACGCAUGGCCAGGGUCCAAUGCCCGGCGACACACAAGCCUCUGCCGGAGGCUUCCACACCUUCCCGUCUCUCGCCGACCAGGGCACUAAGUUCUCAAAGACUUGCAUCAUGAAGGCUGCACAGUUUGGACCUUGGUCAGAUCUUCCUACGGAACUCCUGGGCCUUGUCCUAAAGCGCCUCGAUUCCCUAGCUGACCGUGUUCGUCUGAGAGCAGUCUGUCACCCAUGGCGCUCUAAUAGUAUGUUGCAAAAUCUCCCCCUCCCAUUCCCUUGGCUCACCCUCACCGAUGGAACCUUCCUCAGCAUCCAAGGCAGUGAGGUUCACCGCAUGCCUCUGCCAGAUGGUGCUCGUUGGCACGGCUCCAUUGAUAACAGGCUAUUCCUCAUAAGCUGUGAUGGUGCGUGUUCAUUGCUGAACCCUUUUUCCAAGAGCACACUGGAGCUUCCUAAUCUUGCAAGUGUUUGGCAGCGCGAGAUAGAUAACCAUGCUGAAUAUACUAAUGAUCCAGUUUCCUAUAAGUUAGUGGCGCCCUCGCCACUGGAAUCAUCACCCAAGUCCCUUGUUGCUGCGUUGAUCAUCGGCAAUUGUUAUUCUGUUGAUCUUUGUGUCGUUCAACCACCUGCCACCACUUACUCAUUCAGAGGUAUACGUACUGCACUGGGGGAGCCACCAACAUUAGUGGUAUAAAUGUAUGGAUCCAAUCUGGUGCAAAGCCAAGCUUAACCAUA